UUUCCCAAGCCAGGCCAGGGAAAUGACAUGUCAGCUUCAGCCUGUGUGUGGUUCCUGUGCCAGGGGCAGCUCAGCGUAGAGAGUGCCCUGGGGAGCCCCAAAGGAGUGCCAGGGAGCGGCUGGGGGGCUGCAGUGUAAAAGAGUAGGCCAGAUGGCUGAAGCAAGCUACCCCAACCGUCCUGGUUACCUGCAAAGAGAAACCGAGGCUGGCCUGGAAGCCCAGAGCAGUGACAGUCACGGUGCCACUCUUGGUGCCACAGAUGGAAAUGCAGGUCGCAAUCUGAAGGAGUGGCUGAGGGAGCAGUUCUGCGACCACCCCCUCGAGCACUGCGAAGACACGAGGUUGCAUGACGCUGCCUAUGUCGGGGACCUGGACACACUCCGGAGCUUGCUGCAGGAGGAGAGCUUCCAAAGCCGAAUCAACGAGAAGUCCGUGUGGUGCUGUGGCUGGCUGCCCUGCACCCCGCUGCGCAUCGCUGCCACUGCUGGCCAUGGCAACUGCGUGGACUUCCUCCUCCAGAAAGGGGCAGAGAUUGAUCUGGUGGAUGUGAAGGGGCAGACAGCCCUCUACGUGGCUGUGGUGAACGGACACCUGGAGUGCGCCCAAAUCUUACUGGAAGCUGGCGCAGACCCCAAUGGGAGCCGUCACCAUCGCAGCACCCCUGUGUACCACACCUCCCGCGUGGGCAGGGCUGACAUCCUGAGAGAGCUGAUAAGGUAUGGCGCUGACGUGGACGUCAACCACCACUUGCCCUCGCGGGUCCCCAGCCCCUCCUCUCGCCCACUCACUUCCUUGGUGGUCUGCCCUCUGUACAUCAGCGCUGCCUAUCACAACCUCCAGUGCUUCAAGCUGCUGCUCCAGGCCGGAGCCAACCCUGAUUUUAACUGCUGUGGCCCCGUCAACAUCCAGGGCUUCUCCAGGGGCUCCCCAGUCUGCGUGAUGGAUGCUGUCUUGAGACACGGCUGUGAGCCAGCCUUCGUCAACCUCUUGAUUGACUUUGGAGCCAACUUGAACCUGGUGAAGGCAGAGGGUCUGGAUACCGAAUCGACUGGAAGAGUUAAAGUCAACCCAGAAGCCUUGCAGAUGUUCAAAGAAGCCAGGAGCUGCCCCAGGAGCUUAUUGUCUUUGUGCCGUGUGGCCGUGCGGAGGAUACUUGGCAAAUCCCAUCUGCAUCUGAUACAUACUCUUCCAGUCCCAGACCCUAUCAAACAAUUUUUACUUCACAAACAGAGCUAGAAUGCUUUGGGGACAGUUUGCUGUACGAAAUGAGUGAGCUGAUGAAAACAGGUGCCAAUUGCCCCUCCUCCCCCAGUGCUGUUUUGAAAUAUAUCCUAUGGUUAUUUGUAUAAGGUUAUUUGUUAUGACACUACCUCUGUUGCUGCUACUUGUAACUUGUCUUGGGUUUUAGCAACACUAUUGUAUGUUGAACUUGUACCUGCUCAAGCAGUGGGCUUUUAUCUGCCUAUAAAAUGCCUGACCUUAUCAAUAAUGGGCAUGUAGAACAGUACAGUUCCAUUAGGUUUUCAUGCUUCAGCUGUCCUUACUUUGACCUUGCCCCCUUGAGGAACUGACAAUUGCUACUGUGCAUAUGGCAAGUUGAUGUGUUUUCACCUGCUGUACGUCUCAUUCUGGGGUGAAUGCAUUGGGUUUCUUGUCUGGUGCCGUGUGUUCCCUGGAGAAUAUGAAAUUGCUUGUGUGUGCCUAGCUGUUGCAAGGUAUCAGAAGAGUCCCAAGCCACAUCACUUGGCUUUUGUUGUUUAGAAAUUCCAAGCUGGGACUACUAAAAGACUAGGAAAUAGCCAACUGGUCUGAGCAACUGCAGGUGUUCUCAAAACACUCUCAGGUGUGAUAUGGUGUCCUGACCUACCUGCUACCAAAAUAUAUAUAGAUCAAGGUGGGCUACCAGAAAAAUAGGUCUCCAAUUACAUGAGUGCCUGGGAGUGGACCAACUAUAGCAAUCACUGCCAUGGCAUGAAGGGGAAAACCGAUAAGCAUGUGGGUUCUUAAUGGGGUUGUGGAGAAAGCACAUAGCAGCCUGGUCUGCACUCACCAUGGUAGUGUGGCUUAGCAAGCAGCAUGCUUGGCUAUGAGCUGUGAAGGCAUCAAUCUGAGAUUCUGCUCAGAUGUUCUAUUCCACUCCUUCGUGAAUGUGGUGCCUCUCAGCCUUCUAAUGAGGACUUUCUCUAAUUUGUUCACAUCUCUCCUGAAAGCUAACAUUUCUAAUGUCCAUGGGCCACCAAAAAACUCCCAUGGCACAUCUCAAAAAGAUGAUGUUCUGCUCAACAGCCCCAUGCGCAGUAAUGCUGGUUGAAAUAUCCGAGGACGAAUGGGAGCUGCUAUUCAGUGAAUAACUUAGUAAAUGUAUGCGUAGUGUCCUUAUGCUACCGGUAAUUAACUCCAUGCUUGUAAAUUGCUGUGGGGUUACGCUAUGCAGGAAACUCCACCAAACCAAAUACUAGUCUGCUUUCAUUGCUUAGAAACAUGCUGCCCCCGCUAAAAUGUUAUCAGUGUUCCAGCAACCAUGUAGGCAGUUAUUGAUGGAGAGGCAUCGGCAGUUUGCAAAGCAUGGCACACGCAUAUAGACAUUACUACCACUCUCUCCUGCCCAUCCUGUGUUGGCAUCAUUGUCAGAUAAAAUGUUCCCCAAUCAUCAGGUAUUUCCUACUUCUGCUGUGGACAGGACAAUUUCUUGGGAUGCCUGGGUGACUGAGCUGCUUGGUUUUAUCUUGAAUAAAGACUUAGUAACACUGCACCCAAUAGAAGAAUGCUGGGCAGCCCUGCCAAGGUGCCUUUUGUUUCUAGCGUCUCCAUUAAUUAUUAUUGUUUAUGUGGCAGUAAUGACUAGCAGGCUCCAAUCACAGACCGGGGCCCCACUGAACUAGGCCCAAAACAAUCAGUACGAGAGACUCCUUGUCCCAAGGAGACCACCUAGAGUGCUUUCCUCUCCUAUGCUCUGCACAGGGAUGUUUUAAAAACAGCUAGGAGGGCCCAGUUCCACUGAGCCCUGCAGUAUGUGCUCUGUGGUGCUCCCAGCAGCAGAGUGUCAAGGUUUGCAAUGAGGCGGUCCCACAGCUGGAGAGAAGUUCCCUCUCCCUUUCACUCAUUUAUUUAGCUGUUGAUUUCUAUAUACUAUAUUUAUGUAUAUGCUUUGGGUGAGAUGCUGUGCUGCACCUCUGAGGGCACAACACCAAACCUGCAGUCCAAAGGAAGGGAAAGCUGUGGUCGCUUUUGUGCCCUCCCAAUCCUGGGCUGUUGAGGGGCUGCAGGAGGCCCGGUGUCAUGUAGUCAGUCCCAGGAGCCUAAAUUACAGCAGUCUUGCAGGCUCCACCAUUAUACAGGGAAUUGCCUGGAAACUGGUGCACGCGUCAUCCCUUGCAACACCUCCCGCUGCACUCCCACUACACCAGGAGUUUUGAGGGUCCUUGAAAUGCAGCCUUGAGGCUGUCUUCUGCAGUGCCUGUGCCAGAGAAUGCCACCCCUGGGUGGUUACAGUGCUUGUACUCCGAUGCAGCCCUUUUACCCAGUGUUAAGGGGCUGAGGAGACCAUUCUUUGUCUUGAGUACCUGUGGAGAAUUGGCUGAGGAGCGUGAAAGACAGAGAGAGGCAUAGGUCUUGAUGCUAAUUUAAAUAAUGUUCCUUCUUCAUAGCUAGUCCAGUAAUUGAUGCAGAUCAGUUGCUCAACAACUACCACUGCCACUUCUCAUCAGCCAGGAUCUAGAAUUGUAGGACUGGAAGGGACCUCAAGAGGUCAUCUAGUCCAGUCCCCUGCCAUCAUGGCAGGCCUAAGUGUUAUCUAGACCAGGGGUUCUCAAACUUUUUCUCUCUGAGGCUCCCCUAACAUGCUAUCAAAACUCCACGGACCACCUCUGCCACACCAACUGUUUUUCUGCAUAUAAAAGUCAGGGUCAGCAUUAGGGGGUAGCAAGCAGGGCAGUUACACAGGGUCCCAAACCACAUAGGGACCUGCAAAGCUAAGUUACUCAGGUUUUAGCUUUAGCCCUGGGCUUGAGCCCCAUGCAGUGGGGCUUCAGCUUUCUGCCCUGGGCCCCAGCAAAUCUAAUGCCAGCCCUGCUUGGCGG